CACCCAGCCACAGUAUGAGUGGAAAUCAGUGGCUGACGUUCUUUCUGCGGCCCCAGGCUCUCCCUGCUGUGUGUAUGCGAAGUCUUACACAUAUUUAAAAGCACUGUUUGCUCUCAGCCGGAGGGAAGAUUAGUAACGCCCGGUUUUUCUCUCAUCUGUUUAAACUGCACUUCCCCAUUCACACUGGAGGCCGGCACUAAAAGGGUUAAUUAGUGUGAAGAAUCCACGUGAAAUAGGACCAGAAAACUCUCUUAAGUGGUGUCUGGAGAAAAGGAAUUUCUUAAUUCACCCAACUGAGAGUCAUUAUUCACUAUUAUUCCUAAGCAGUAAGGAAGGUGUAUGAAUCUGGCAUAAUUAAAUCAGUGGUUGCCCGUAUUGGGUCUUACUUGGAAUGAAGACUAUACUGGCUUAGAUUGCUUUUGGAUCUGUUCGUUUUUCUUUUUAGAAAUGAGUGGUGGAUUGGCCCCAAGUAAAAGUACAGUGUAUGUAUCCAACUUGCCCUUUUCCCUGACCAACAAUGACUUAUACCGGGGUUACUAUAAUGAAAGAUAAAGAUACCAGGAAGAGUAAAGGUGUUGCAUUCAUUUUAUUUUUGGAUAAAGACUCUGCACAAAACUGCACCAGGGCAAUAAACAACAAACAGUUAUUUGGUAGAGUGAUAAAGGCAAGUAUUGCUAUUGACAAUGGAAGAGCAGCUGAGUUCAUCCGAAGACGAAACUACUUUGAUAAAUCUAAGUGUUAUGAAUGUGGGGAAAGUGGACACUUAAGUUAUGCUUGUCCUAAAAAUAUGCUUGGAGAACGUGAACCUCCAAAGAAGAAAGAGAAAAAGAAAAAAAAGAAAAUUCCUGAACCAGAAGAAGAAAUUGAAGAAGUAGAAGAAAGUGAAGAUGAAGGAGAAGAUCCUUCUCUUGACAGCCUCAGUCAGGCCAUAGCUUUCCAGCAAGCCAAAAUUGAAGAAGAACAAAAAAAGUGGAAACCCAGUUCAGGGGGUCCCUCAACCUCUGAUGAUUCAAGACGCCCAAGGAUAAAGAAGAGCACGUAUUUCAGUGAUGAGGAAGAACUUAGUGAUUAAAAUUAUAUUUAUUAUGUAAAUAUUUUUUUUAAAGAUUUAAUCUUAGAGUACCAAGUUCAGUUGGGACUAAAGAUUGUUUUUAGAAUUUGAUCAUAAAAAUACUUAAUGCCAAGUAAUUUUUUUACUAUAAAAUAGUUCGCCCUAGCCAGAUAGUUGAGGUGGUUAGAGCGUCAUCCCAGUACACCAAAGUUGUGGGUUCAGUCCCCAAUCAGGGCACAUAUAAGAAUCAAUCAAUAUAUGCAUAAAAAAGUGGAACAUCAGCCUGGCCAGCAUGACUCAGUGGUUGAGCAUCAACUAGAAACCAAGGAGGUCAUGGUACAAUUGCAGGUCAGGACACAUGCCCAGGAUACAGGCUCAAUCCCCAGUGUGAGGCUUGCAAGAGGCAGCCAGUCAAUGAUUCUCUCUCAUCAUUGAUAUUUCUAUCUAUCUCCCUUUCUCUCUCUCUAAAAUCAAUAAAUAUUUUUAAAAUUACUAUAAAGUAGUUAUUGAAAAGAAAUUUUAAAGUAUCAUGCUUCUAUCCUGCCUUAGGAGAGUAUUAAUAAUAAAGAUUUGUUAUUAACCAUUAAUCUUGAAAAUAUAUUUUAAUUAAAAAGAAAAUAUAUAAUAAUGCUAUUGUCAUCCCAGGAAAUAAGGUAUAUAUUAAAAAGAUUUGUUUGAGGGUUUAUUUUAAAAAUGUAUUAGCCUUGAUUAGUUUACAUGAGGACUUUUAAAAUAAAUUUCACCAGCAAGAAAAAACCUUCAUAAAGACUGGAAAAAGUUGAAUGAUGUAUUGUUAUUAAAUAUUAAAAAAAUUUUCAAGAGAAUUUUGUUUUUAAUAUGGGUGCUUGUCACCUUAUUUCUUAUAGCUUGAUCCCAAUCUGGAUUACAUUAUAAUUUCCCCUAAAAUAUAAAGUAGCUCUAAAAUGCUUAUAACCAAACAGCAUUAAUUUACCUUGCCUUUGGCACCCAAGUUCCAUUCCCCUAAAGCAGCUAAUUUAAGGUGUUUCUUUUCAUAUGUACAUAUAUUUUCCUAAAUAAGAUGCAUAUAUUUUUCUACUUAAUUCAUAAAGGGAUAGAGGAUUUUUCCAUCUUCUAUACUCCCCACUGCCUUCCUCCGUUUUUCAGUAUGGUUAUGUUAAAAUUGUUGGUUAAGUCCAUUUUUACUUAAUGACCAUGUAAAUACUGUUCACUUCUGAGCUAACAAGUGUGCUAUUAUAUUUUUUCAGAGUUAAUUAUUGCCUCAUUUUUUAUGUGUUAUAGAUCUUUUUAUGUAUGACUAAAUCUGCCCAUACCUUCUGCAGAUAGUUAUAUGGGAAUGGGAUUAUAGAGCCUUUAAUUUUCUGUGUUUGUAUAUUUCUAUAGUGUUUGAAUGCUCUUAAAAAGAAUACCCACUUACUAGUUUUCUUAAAUUACUAAAAGCAAUAAAAAUAUUUCCACUUUGAAAA